GUCUUUUUAUCUGAUUUUCUUUUCCUGACAUGCUGAAAGUUUUAAUCGUUUCAGUUUUGUUAUGGACUCGCUGGCUUAUAGCAACUUUGCCUGGUUACAUUCAUCCUGAUGAAUUCUUUCAGAAUCCCGAAAUUACAAGCUCGAAAAUAUUUGGCAUAGAAACGUUUACCCCUUGGGAGUAUACGCCAGAACAUGCUUCUCGUUCAAUUAUUGCACCAUUUAUAACAACUGGGAUUCCAUUUUGGAUAUUAAAGUCCUGGACACCUGAAGGAACACGUAACAAUUUGCUGUCAUUCAUCGCAAAUGAUCUGUAAUCUCUAAUAUACAGACACACAGUUCCUUCUUCUUAUAGGCUUUUUAUGGCAGAACGUUUAGGCUCUUUUUUUCUUUCCCUUGUUAUAGAUUUAUGCGUAUUUAGAUUAUGUAAGCGUACCGGGACCAAGCCUACCAUACCCAUGAUUCUUGUUGCUACGAGUCAGGUCACGUUAGCAUACUAUACCCAUCCAUUUUCGAACUCCUUUGAAAGUAUAUUACUUUGUCUCAGUCUAUGCACAUAUGCCGAUUAUGCAAAAGAGGGAUCGAGCAAACUUUCUUUUUUACUAGGCGCUUUAUUCAGCAUAGGUGUCUUUACCAGAAUUACCUUCCCUCUGUACGCAUCUCCAAUAGGUGUUGCAUAUCUAUACCAAGCAUAUAAAAAAAACAAUCGUUUUACAGGAUUUGUGACAUCGGUAUUCCCUUUUUUGAUUGGCAUUGUUGCCUUUGCUGUGUUCUCAAUUGUUGCAGACUCUGUCUAUUAUGGAACGUUGAAAUUAACCGUACACGGAGAGCCAUUUACUGGUGUAGGGCAUGUAAUCUCGACCCUUUUCAACCCCAUGGCAUUGGCUUCGAUGAGACCUGAGGGCGAAAUAGUGAUCACACCUAUCAACAAUUUACUAUACAAUAUAAAUACAGAUAAUCUGGCGCAGCACGGUAUCCAUCCUCGUUAUACUCACUUUGCAAUCAAUCUUCCACUACUCUAUGGACCUUUAGCUAUUCUUGGGCUGUUUCAUAUUCCCAGUGUUUUUGCGAAGAUUAGAACUGAUGAAAAUAUUCACUUAUUUUAUGUUUUUGUAGGUGUGGUAUCUUCCGGAUUAAUCGGUUUAUCUAUUAUGCCUCAUCAAGAAGCUAGAUUUUUGUGCCCUCUACUCGUUCCUUUGGUUCUAAUUUUUGCUUGGAAGCAGUCUAGGUUAACUCGCUCCUUUUGGGUAACCUGGUUUUUGUUUAAUGUUAUUACUACAUAUGUUUUUGGAGUCAUACAUCAAGGUGGUUUAAUUCCUGCUAUGGACCUACUCUAUCAUCAAACAAGCGGACUUCAUGACUGUCAUGUGUUAAAGAGUGGUGACUUGACAUGUACUUCGGGUGCAUCCAAUUUAAACAUGGAUCAUAAUGGACUUAAUAUUACUACAAAUUUACUGUUUUACAAGACAUAUAUGCCACCUCGCCAUUUGCUGGUUAUUCCCAAAGAUAAUGGUGGAAAUCAUGUAAAUGUGUUUGAUUUUUCAAGUGACCUUGAUAAGGUUGUCGAACAACUUGAAAAGAGCUCGGGUGUUAUCUUGCGUCGUCAUCAGGCUGGUAAACAUGAGGUUGACUUUGCAAAAACUGGUAUCCCUAAUGUAUACGAAAGAACUAUUUUUAUUACACCAAGUUUUGUCACACUUCCAAAGAUCCAUCAACAUCGUUACUUGUUGAUGACGACCUAUACACCACAUAUUAGUUUUGACGAUGUAGACAAGAUGAUGGAAAGAGCCGCAGAAACAAACUCACCUGAAAGCCAAAUGAACUUGAAUGUAUUCCUUAUCCUUUCAGAAAAAGACGAUGUUUAAAAAAAUGAUGGUCAAUAUUAUAAAAAAAUUUAUUUACUUCUAUAUCUAUUGUACUUCGGCAAGUGGGAUUCUUUCAUAAUUUUCAUAUAUGAUUCCCUCUGUCAAUUUAGCGAUAACAAUAAUAAAUAAUACCAACGUAAUUAACAUGUAGACUACACCGGCAUUGAAUAACAUAAUGAUGGAAAUUAUAGCAGUAAAGAAAAUAAUAAUAAAUAACUUGUGCUUCUUCUUCU